AUGGAAGGCGGAGGACAAUGGCCGUGCUGGCGGAUUACUCUUUCUUUGCUGUUGUGCUUCGGAAAUGUGGUUAGCGCACAGAUAAAAUACAUUGUACCCGAAGAGGUGAAGGAAGGAUCUGUUGUGGGGAAUAUCGCAAAGGAUUUAAGCCUUGAUAUCAGUACUUUGGCACACCGACGUUUUCGUAUUGUUUCUGGACCUGAUGAGCCGCUUUUUCAGGUAAACCAGAACAAUGGAGAGAUGCAUGUCAAUAAGAGAAUCGACAGAGAGAAGCUAUGUGAUGCAAACAUUGUUUGUUCGAUAAGUCUGAAAUGCGUUGUUGAAGAUCCUUUAGAAGUGCAUUACAUAGAGGUUGAAAUAACAGAUGUAAAUGACAACCCACCAAUUUUCCCGAGAUCUGAGCAGCAAUUUGAAAUAGCCGAGCAUACGCUUUUGGGAACCCGUUUCCAAGUACAAACUGCCAGAGACCCUGAUUUGGGAAUAAAUUCGGUCCGACAUUAUAAGUUAAGUCAGAAUGAGCUGUUUGAUAUUGACGUUCGGGAAAGACAUGAAACUAAAAUACCAUUUUUAGUCUUAAAAAAAGCGUUGGACAGAGAAAGACAAAGCAAACAUAAACUAAUUUUAACUGCGACAGAUGGUGGAAACCCGUCUAAAUCAGGGAAUCUGAACAUCACUGUUUCUGUUCUAGAUACAAAUGAUAAUCGACCUGUCUUUAGCCGCGACUCAUAUUCUGCAACAAUCCUGGAAAAUGCACCUCUCGGCUCUGUUGUAAUUACUAUAAACGCAACUGAUUUAGAUGAUGGGAUGAAUGGCGAAAUCGAGUACUCCUUAGGCGAAAAUUUGGAUGGAAAAAUGCACGACUUAUUUACGCUUGACAAGAAGACAGGUGAAUUACAAGUUAAAGGGAAAAUAGACUUUGAGGAAGCGGGUGUGUUUAAACUAGACGUGCAGGCAUCAGAUAAAGGCCAGCUUCCUCUUAUAGCUGAAGCCGAACUCAACAUUAAAGUCACAGAUAUUAAUGAUAACGCUCCUGAAAUUGAGAUAACAUCCCUUUCUAGUGUUAUAUCGGAAAAUGCAAAUCCUGGAACCGCUAUAGCUUUAAUCAGCGUUUCAGACAAGGACUCUGGUGUUAAUGGGAAAAUAAUUUGUACAUUAACUGAAAACAUGCCAUUUGAGCUGAAACCAUCCUUUAAGGAGAACAUGUAUUCACUAGUGACAAAAGGUCGUUUAGAUAGAGAAGCAACGUCAAUGUAUGAAAUCACUGUAACAGCCCUUGAUUUAGGAAAGCCACCUUUGUCUUCUUGUAAAGUAUUAAAUAUACAGGUCUCUGAUGUAAAUGAUAACCCGCCAGAGUUUACCCAAAAUUCAUUUGAGCUUUAUUUGUCUGAAAACAAUGUCCUUGGUGCUUCUAUAUUUUCUGUUUCUGCCUUUGAUAAAGACUUAAAAGAAAAUGCUGCGAUUGCUUAUAAUCUGCAUCAAGGUGAUCUGACAUUCCUGAAUAUUAAUUCAGAAACGGGAAUUAUAUAUGCACUGAAAAGUUUUGAUUAUGAAACCACCAAGACAUUUCACUUCCACGUUUUUGCUGCAGACUCUGGAAGUCCAUCUCUGAGCAGUAACGUGACAGUGAACGUGUUUAUUCUGGAUCAGAACGACAACGUUCCAGUGAUCUUAUAUCCAGUCAGCGCUAACGGUUCUGCUGAGGGUGUGGAAGAGAUUCCCCGUAAUGUGAACGCAGGUCAUUUGGUGACUAAAGUCAGAGCCUAUGACGCAGAUAUAGGAUACAACGGCUGGUUAUUAUUCUCACUGCAGGAAGUUAGUGAGCACAGUCUCUUUGCUUUGGACCGCUAUACAGGACAGAUAAGGACCCUUCGCUCAUUCACAGAAACAGACGAGGCCCAGCAUAAACUGCUCAUACUGGUCAAAGACAAUGGGAACGUUUCACUCUCAGCAACAGCGACUGUGAUUGUCAAAGUUGUGGAGCCCAAAGAGGCUUUUGCAGCUCCUGAUGAUAAAAAGGCAGUAAAAGACGAGGAGGAAAACAACGUCACAUUUUAUUUGAUCAUCACUUUGGGCUCGGUUUCAGUGCUUUUCGUCAUCAGCAUCAUCGUGUUGAUUGUAAUGCAGUGCUCCAAAUCUACAGACUAUUCGUCCAAGUAUUUACAGGACGCAAAUUAUGACGGGACUCUGUGUCACAGCAUCCAGUACAGAUCUGGAGACAAACGCUACAUGUUAGUUGGACCCAGAAUGAGUAUCGGCUCUACUAUAGCACCAGGCAGUAAUAGGAAUACUCUAGUCAUACCAGAUCGCAGGAGGAGAGAUUCUGGAGAGGUAAGAAAUCUGAUUAAUUUCAAUAACAUUAGCCAUGUUGCGAUUAAUUUUAUAAGUCAUUUUGAAGAAAGUGCUAUAUGUUUACACAGUCAUGAUAUUAUAGAGCUGAAUAUGUUAUUUGUUUUGUUGACACGUCUCAUCUGUAAUAUAUUAUGA